AUAAUAUGCAUUUUCCCCUCUUGUUUGUUACCACACUGAAUUCCGUUCCAUGUUUGUAUUAACACCAGGAAGUUAUCAACCCGUAUUGUGUAAAUUGAUGAAAUUGUUUUCGUCUUGGACUUGGCUUCAAUCAGUUUAAUUCAUACGCAACACAAGGCAUCUCCUUACUUGCCGUUGUACACGAAAUACUGAGUAGGCGAUGAGGCAAAUCAUUUGCCUCCGAGUUGUCAGUACAGUUCUGAACGCCACAAUGAGAAGUCAUACAUUCUUUGAUUCCUUGGGCUCGGCCAGUAUAAUGGCCCGAAUCCUUGACGGCAAGGGGCUUGCCAAGGACAUCCGCAAUGAAUUAAAAAUCAAGAUCCAUAAUUGGAUGCAGCAAGGUCACCGGGCGCCAGCCUUGAGAUGCAUUAUAGUGGGAGAUGACCCCGCCAGCCAUACUUAUGUUAAGAACAAGAUCCAGGCUGCGACAGAUGUAGGCAUUCAGGCUGAAACAAUAAGAUAUGAAGCCAAUAUGACAGAGGAGGACCUUCUCUCAGCUAUUGACGAAUUGAAUGCAAGCUCUGAAGUCGAUGGCAUUUUAGUCCAACUGCCGUUGCCCGGAGGCAUUGAUGAGAGGAAGGUGUGCAAUGCUGUGUCUCCGGAGAAGGAUGUGGAUGGCUUCCAUAUUGUCAACGUUGGACAGCUGUGCCUGGACAUGCCAACUAUUGUUCCUGCCACUGCUUUGGCUGUCGUGGAAAUGUUAAAAAGAUUCAAAAUUGACACCUUUGGCCGCAACGCAGUUGUAGUCGGCCGUUCAAAGAAUGUUGGCAUGCCAAUAGCCAUGAUGUUGCACAGCGACAUGAGUCAUGACAGUGGCCUAGGCAUGGAUGCCACGGUCACCAUCUGCCACCGGUAUACGCCUAAAGAAAAGCUGGAGUUCUACUGCCGGAAUGCUGACAUUAUUAUUACAGCUACAGGUGUUCCAAAAUUAAUCAAAGCAGACAUGGUGAAGCCUGGAGCUACAGUCAUUGACGUGGGCAUCGUAAGAGUCACUGACGAUGAUGGGAGGACCAGACUCGUCGGCGAUGUCGACUAUGAUGAGGUGAGCAAGGUGGCCGGCGCCAUAACGCCAGUGCCCGGCGGCGUGGGUCCCAUGACCGUCGCUAUGCUCAUGCAUAACACUUUCCAAGCUGCCCAAAGACUGCGAGAUGCUGAGAUGAUGCAAUAAACAAGUAAAACGCCAUCUUGCUAGUAAAGUUUAAUAGACAUCUUCUGGACAUCUUUUUUUCAUUUGUACAGUUACAGGGCCAGCCAAUAUUUAAGUAUGUAUUUUUCGUUGUUGUUGAGAAACGUUUAAUUCCCAUUUUUUGUUAGCCAUCUGAUGAGCUAGACCUUUUAAUAUCCUAUAUUAGUUUAAUAAUGGUUUCUUCAUAUCUGUUUUAAUUUUAUUAUUGGCUGGUACGUGUAGGUACUGUAUGAAAUAUGCUUCUUUUUGGAUUUUAAGUUUCAAAAGUAAGUUAUUUUAAACUAAAAUAUGUUAAUUUGUUAUCACUUUUAACAGUGACUCAGGUGAGGGCACAUAUUUUGUAAUUGGUUAUGUUUAUUAGAUAUUAUUUAAGAAUCUCUAAAUUGAAUGGAUGUCUCUUCUACUUCUUACCACAGUGCCUUACUUAGUUACAAUGCGAUAUUGAAAAGUAUUAUAUAGGUUAUUAUACUAUAUUACUAUUAUACUAUAUUAUAUGUACUAUAGCUAUUUGACUAGGUUAAGUAUAUUAUUAUUUUAGUUAUUAAAAUGUAAUCAGCUU